AAUGAAUAAUGAUAAAUAAACAAGAAUGUUUGGAGUCUCGAGAGUCGAGACGCCGCGCGCGCAGCUCGGCUAGUUUUGCGCACGGCGACUGACCCCGACGCGCUGUAGGGCGCGUUACGUAAGCGCGCAGCCACGGCGAGCAUUUAAACAGUGUUGUGAAGGACCGUGAAGGACUCGCCCGGAAACUUUUCCUCCCACCUGCAACCGAACCCCGCGACAUCGGCGCGUCUCCGCCAACGCUCGUCGCGCGGACAUGUCUUCUCACAGCGGCGCCGUGUGCCUCGACGAGGCCCGGAGGGUGGCGAUAUUCGGGGGGACGCACGGGAACGAGAUGUCAGGGGUGACGCUCGUGAACCUGUGGACCAAGAACGGCGCCGAGAUCCAGAGGAAGCGGGUCGAGAGCAAGCCGUUCAUCACCAACCCCAAGGCCGUGGAGAAGUGCACCCGAUACGUGGACACGGACCUGAACCGAGCCUUCACCGCGGAGAACCUCAGCGCGACUGGAGGGGACGAUCUGCCGUACGAGGUGCAGAGAGCCCAGGAGAUCAACAGGAUAUUUGGACCCAAGGGAAGCCCAGAGGCCUACGACGUCAUCUUUGACCUCCACAACACAACAUCCAACAUGGGCUGCACGCUGAUUCUGGAAAGCUCCAAAGACCACUUCAAUCUGCAGAUGAUGAACUACAUCAAGAAAGCCAUCACUCCUGCCAGUUGUCUUGUUCUGCUGAAUGAGCAUCCUCUUCUGAAAUAUUCCACCUCACGCUCUGUAGCCAAACACCCCAUCGGACUGGAAGUGGGUCCUCAGCCACAGGGUGUGUUGAGGAGCAACAUCUUUGAAGCAAUGAGGGUGAUCCUGAAACUCGCCCUGGACUUCAUCGAACUGUUCAACGAAGGGAUGGAAUUCCCUCCCUGUACAGUGGAAGUUUUCCGAGUAUCAGAGAGGGUGGACUAUCCCAGAGAUGCCAACGGGAACAUCAUAGCCAUGGUGCACCCGAAUCUGCAGGACUGUGACUGGGAGCCGCUGAACCCCGGCGACCCAAUGUUCCAAACGUUCGAUGGGAAAACCAUCCACUACCAAGGCUCCGGCACCGUCUAUCCCACUUUUAUCAAUGAGGCGGCCUAUUACGAAAAACAACAGGCGUUUGUAACCACAAGACGAGAAACCCUGGUAGCGAGUGCCAUCAGGAAGGCAUGAACGCGGCUUUGUGGGGAUAACAAAAAUCAGGAACGUGCGUCGGCCACAGCGACAACUGCUUCACAGGUUUUGCACUUUGCUGGUAACAAACAGGAGACUUUCCUCACACGAUGAUUAGAAACCUUUACACUCCAUCUGGCUCUUUUACACAGGGAUUUAGUUUUUUUAUGGAUUUUAUUUGGAAACCAAUUAACUAUGCAAACAGCUGCAGAGGCACAGAGUCACUGUGAAAGUCUUUCACAUAAAGGCUGAUAUCAUUGUAUUAAAUGUUUGUGUUGCUGUUCUUAUUUAAAGAUAUGUGUACAUUAACCCAGCUAGGUUUUUACAGUAGUAAAUAUCAGGCCUUAUCACUAAUGGCUCAUGGAUCAUACAGCACUAGGUUACGUGUCCUACUACUGCUCAGGAAGGCCGCCAAGAACCAGAACCUGCAACCUUUAACCCUAACUCGUAGCUGUUUGUCUUCCUGUGAACAUAUAUUUGUACCGUCUGUAGAAGGAUGUUUGUGGCCUUUGAUACUAUCUACCUGUAACUCUACUGGUUGCAUCUGUGGUGCUGUCCUAUCUUUGCCUUAACAGAGAUUAUAGAGAGAAUUCCAAGAAACAAAUUUGGAAUGAACAUAUAUAUAUAUAUAUAUAUAUAUAAUAAGUUCUGUUCCUGGUUUUAUAAUAAUAUAUCUGUCUAUUUUGAUAUACUUGUACUGUGGUUUUAGGUGAUGUAUAGGACUCAUUGAAUCAUGUCAUGACUGAUAUUUUCACACCUCUGUUGUUUCAGUGUGUGUGGCUGUCGUCUUACAGUACUUAACUUUAUUUUAUAGCAGUACUUUUGUAGCAUAACCUCUCUGUUUAGUAAAAUCCACACUUCCAAAAGUCUUAUUAUCCAAUCAAUAAAUAUAGUACUGUGCUGUA